AUGAUGUUGUCACCGGUCAAAUGUACCGCUAAAAGAAGCAAAUCCGAGCCUGUGAUCCAUAGUCUCCCGGAGGGUAUUAUGCAUGACAUAAUAUCAAGGCUGACACUGAAGGAUGCUGUGAGGGCCAGUUUGGUGUCGACAAACUGGAGACGACUAUGGACAUGCCAUUCUAAUCUAUGCUUUGACAGUCCCACGAUCCUGAACCGCGAGUAUGGCACCAUUAGCAGGAGCAGCAGCAGGAGGGGCAGAAGAAGACGCAGGUUCAUCAGGCGUGUCGAUGCCAUCCUGGAAUCCCACAGCGGUACAGGGCUAAGAAGAUUUGGUAUCACGUUCGCUCUUGACGCGAGGCACACGGAACAUCUGGAUCGAUGGCUCAAGUUCGCACUCGAUUCCAGGGCAUCUGAGAUUGCUGUUAAUUUGUUCCCUGUGUUCUACAAGGGUUUCGUGAGGUCAUAUGAAUGGGAGGAUGCAUACACCUUGCCGUCUCAUAUGUUUAGCAGUCAAGGGGCAUCUUACAUCGAGUCACUUGAGCUCGUCUUUGCAUCGUUGAAGCUACCCCGUGAUUUCUAUGGCCCUUUGAAGCUUAGAGUGUUGGAUCUCCAAUCUGUUCACGUGUCGGAAGGAGAUCUCGAGCUGCUGUUGUCCAAGUGCAGUUCAUUGGAGUGUUUGCGCCUGGGUCGUUGUUACCCAGUGCUUAAUCUGAAAGUGCAGAAACCACUAUGUCGGCUGCGUAAUUUAUCUGUCCGGGGAUGUCAGCUGCAGGUUAUGGAAUUCAGUGCUCCGAAUCUAGCAAAAUUUGAGUAUUCGGGUCAGGCCAUACCCAUUACACUCGGUGAAUCCAUGAAGCCAACAGAGGCUACUGUGACGCUCUUGGGAUAUGAUGACACUCUUGAACAUGUCUUCACUGAACUUCCAAAAACCCUGUCUCACGUGGAGACACUAUCUGUGAACACUUGCAUAAACACCGAGGUGGUUGGAUUUUCAAAUUGCCUGAUGAAGUUCACUCAUCUGAUAAAACUGGAGGUGACUGUAAGUAUUCUCGGGGACUCGAGAAUCAGAAAUGGGAUUCUUCGUUUAGUGAGUCUUCUAGAGGUGGCCCCUCUUCUGCAAAGGCUCGAGUUAAAUAUGCUUCCACAUGUCUCGGUAGGGUUUUCCAAUGAGCCUGAAGCCUACUGGCAUUUUCGGCCAUGCGCCCAUAGUCAUCUUGAGCAGUUCGAGGUUUCAGGGUUUAUCGGUCUAAGAAGUCAGCUUGAGGUGGUAUUGUGCAUCCUUGACAACGCAGUGGCUCUGAGGCGGAUGUCCGUAGAACCGAGGGUGACGGCACAUGAUCGUGUCUUUGGACACUUGGCGGAGUUUGAGCUUGAUAUAAGAAGAGGCAGGGAAUGUGCCUUGGACUUCUUUUCGCCCAAAGACUACCCCGGCGUGCAGAUUGAGAUUUUCUGA